UCACUGCGUUACUUACGCGCCCGGUCCGAAUAGACGCUCUUCUCUAGGUGGACGCCCAUAUUCCAAUAGACUCUCACGUCAUCUUUAUCAUGAACAAAAUAUAUUCAGAUCACGCGUCGCCUUUGGACGUUCCACAGUCCAGCAAGCGUCGGAGCUUAUCGCCUGUAUCGUUUAGUACGCUAGGCGACCCGCGGUCCUCUUCAGCGCAGUCGUUGGUCCCCACACCGUUGGAAGGUGAGGAGUCGGGACGUCGCAGACUUCUAGUCGUCUAUCUCCAUGGCUUUAUGGGCAACGAUUCCUCUUUUCAAUCCUUUCCCGCUCACGUACAUCAUUACCUUAAGCUAGCCCUCUCUGAAACUCAUGUCAUUCAUUCCAAGAUUUACCCAAAGUAUAAAACAUAUAAAGUCCUUGACGUAGCUCGCGAUAACUUUAGUCAAUGGCUCGCCCCGCACGAAUCACCCACUACCGAUGUGGUGCUCGUCGGGCAUUCCAUGGGAGGAUUAUUAGCUGCUGAUGUCGCUUUGAUGCCGUCGAGUAAUCAAUAUGGCGCUGGCUAUUUCCUCCACCGCAUCUUAGGAACCGUUCAUCUAGAUGCGCCUCUCCUCGGACUUCAUCCAGGUAUUAUAACAGCUGGCAUCGCUAGUCUGUUUAGGCCCAAAGCGGAUACAACAAACCCGCCAGAGGCGCCAAUACCGAAUGAGGAACCGGACCAGGCGCUAUCUCAAAUUACUUCAGGGAAUACGUCGAUAUAUUCGGACCCAUCUAGUGUUUCGCCGUCUUCUGCAUCCUCUCCAAGGCCACGAAUAUUUGAAUCACAUGGCAUGACAUUUGACCCCAAUUUCAACUCACCCUUCCCCAACGAUGUUCGCCUUCAGGAUAGGGGUUGGUGGAAAAAUAUUGUGCACUUUGUCGAGAAACACAGUUCGGAGGGCAUAGUAGAUGCUGCCACAUACCACAUAACGUCUCAUUUGGAAUUUGGAGGCUGUCUCAUGGAUAUCAAUAGCCUCAAGACACGGUAUGAAAAUAUUCGUCGGUUAGAGGACGUAGAUGAUCUGAAGCACCAUGGAUUCCCCCAUGUACCCCCGCAAGUUCGCUUCGUUCAGUACUACACUGUAUGCCACGGGUAUCCUAAGAAGCCUAAAGGACAACCCUCUAGCCAGAGCCCCGGACCCCUACAAGAUACGCACUCAGCCCCUCCGACGCCACAAACCUCAAAUAAAAGUUACGAUCUCCCGAAUCCGCAAAAAGACGCGGAUGUCCCUCUCGAAAAUGGCACUCUAGACCAGGACACUCUCGAUGCUAGUGACGACGAUGAUUCUGGCUUACAAAUACUUGACCCUCAACCGAUAUCUGAGGACUCUCCCGAAGAAUCUGAUCCGCCUCCGGAAUAUCAAGAAUUUGCCCAAUUAAUUGAGAAUCCCAAAGAUGACGCGACAGAUGACAAUGCGCAAGAAAUUCAACUUUCUAAUAUUGAAAAUGACGCAAAGGCAAACCUUGAACAAAAUGACGAAAAACUUCAGUCUCAAAAAUCCUUAGAAACGGACGCUACUAACUCGUCUACUCUUGCUGAUGAGGUGGCGUCCUUAGACCUAAAUCUCCCCGCAAUUCCGGAGCUCCCCCCCAAACCUGAGCCUGUAGAUUUAGAGCAGUACACAGACAGGGAUGUGCGGAAGCAGGCGGAGAAGGAGGCCAAGAAGGCACAGAAAGAUUACGCUAAGAUCGUAAAAGAUCGCGAAAAACUCAUCAAGGACAGACAGAAAAUCAUUGACAAGAAAAAGAAGAAACUAGCACAAGAGGCAGAGAAGCGAGAAAAGGACGAACAGAAACGACGUAAAAAAGAGGCCAAAGCUGUUGCGUCAAGUUCGUCGACUUCAGAAGAGGGAACAUCGAAAAUGGCACCUUCCACUCUCACAACGCAGUCAGAAGAUAUCUCCAACUCUCAAGUAUCACAAGCAGAUUUCGACCCUGACACAUUAUCGCCUUUACCAAGCCCAACCGAACAAUGGGGUAAAGGCAAGUCUCCGAAGCCGCCCAAAGAACGCAGGUUCUGUAAUAUGCCGUCGAAAGUAAACGGUCAAGCCGAUCCGAAGUGGGUCAAGAUCUUUAUGAAGGACACAGAUCAAGUCGGCGCACACACCGGUCUGUUUUUCAAGGGCGAUCAUUAUGAGAAAUUGGUUGGUGAUGUUGGGGAGAUGAUUGUGAGUUGGGUCCAGGAUGAUAUGACGAAACGGGCUAUUCUGGAAAUGAAUUAGAGUAUAGAAAUAUUGGAGGUUUUGGUCUACUACUUCCUAAGUGAAAUCCUCGUUCUCCUGUCUACAACCAACAUUAUAAUGAGAU